GACGCGGAGAAGAGCCUGUGAGGUGGCGGCAGGUCGCGCACGGAAGACGUAUUGCGGUUAAGAGCCUGCGAGGUGGCGGCAGGUCGCAUACGUAACAAUGGACCAAGUCAUUAAGGUACUUGUGCAGUUUUGUAAGGACUACUGUGGAAAAUCUACUCCUUCCCGGAAGGAGAUCGCGACAGUUUUGUCGCUGUUAAAUGAGCUGGGGGAGCUGGACUCUCCCCGCCACAUUUUGGAUUCGAAUAGGUGGGACUUGCUCACCUCGGCGCUAUGCCAGCGCGCCAUGGCCAGUCAGAAGGCUACGGAACUUAAAACGUGGGGACUGAUGUUAGGAGCCCUUAAGGCGGCCAGGGCAGAGCACAAACUUGGCGCGGUCAUGAGCGGGGAGGGAGCUCCGGGGAGCGGGUCUUUGGAGUUUUGCAGGACCGGCGCUCAGACGACAGCGAAUAAAACGGCGACGGAGAGAGAGGAAGACUGCGAGAAGGAAGACUGCGAGAAGGACAACGAAGAGUCGCAGAGGCUCGGGGGGGGCGCAACGACGCCGACGGCCCCUCCUAAUUCUAUUGCGCUGUCGCCGCCCCCGCCCUACCCUAAGCAGCCGUUAUAUCCUUCCUUGGCAACGACAUCGGAGCAGGGGGCGGGACCAUCCCCAAAAGGGAAGGGGGAGGGGAGACUUAAGCUUACUGAUUGGGGGCAGAUCAAAGAGGAAGUGGCACAGAAAGGCCUGGCGGCAACUUAUACACUCCCAGUUGUUGUCUCGGAGGAGGGAGGCCCAAUCUGGGUCCCGUUGGACCCAAAGGGGGUAGCAAGGAUGAUUGAGGCAGUAGAAAAGAAAGGGCUGAAGUCGCCAUUGACGAUGAAUGCCCUUGAGGCCCUCACAGCAUCGGGCCCAGUGCUGCCUUAUGAUAUUGAAAAUUUAAUGCGCAUGGUGUUGAAACCAGUGCAGUAUACGCUUUGGAGAGAGGAGUGGCAUACUAAAUUAAAACAAAUGCUGAUUAUGGCGCAGGGUGAUCAAAGAAACCCCAUAUAUGGGUCCGAUAUACAGAGAUUAACGGGCAAUGCACCAGGUCUGCUGACCCCUCAAGCACAAGUUUGUCAACUUAGACCAGGAGAGUUGAUAGCGACUACGGACGCUGCAAUAGACGCGUUCCGAAAGCUUGCAAGGAGCGCUGAGCCCACUACUCCGUGGACAGAGAUCGCGCAAGGCCCCACAGAGCCGUUUCAGGAGUUUGCAGACAGACUAAUUAAGGCAGUGGAAGGCUCGGAUCUGCCCAGAGCAGUUCACGGUCCCGUCAUCCUGGAUUGCUUGUAUCAGAAGUCCAGUGAAGGGGUGCAGGGGAUUUUGCGAGCGGCGCCGGGGAGGCUCCAAACCCCUGGUGAGGCCAUCAAGUAUGUCCUAGAUAAGCAAAAGGCCUGUCCGUCUGUGGCAGGGGAGGUAGCUGCGGCGGUAGCAGGAGUGAUGAUGGCCUGUAGGGAGGCAGACCAUCGUAGUGCGGACCGACAGUUAGGACCUUGCUUUAAAUGUGGCCAGUUAGGCCAUAUUAGGGCCCAAUGCAGAAUGGGCACGGGUGGAGGUGUAACAUGUCAGCAGUGUGGGCGGAAGGGUCAUACAGCACCACAAUGCAGGGCCCGUAGGCCUCCACGCCAGGGAAAUAACAACGGGAGACCGUCCACGCACGGCAACUUCAUUUCUCGAUCGGUGCGGGCCCCUCACCUAAGUUUACCCAUGGCGGCGCUGUCUCUAAGUACCCAUGAGCGCCCUCUGGUGAAAGCCACUAUUUCUUGUACCAACCUCCCGCCGGAUUUUCAAGGCCCUCGAUCUAUCUCUGCCACUGCCCUCAUAGAUUCCGGCGCCGACGUUACUGUGGUCGCGGAAACAGAAUGGCCAUCCUCGUGGCCCGCGGAGGCCUCGCAGUCUAUUAUGGGGGUUGGAGGGGCGACCCCCUCACGCCGGUCUACCAAUGAGGUACAAGCGGUUGUGAUUAACAGGGAUGGCUCCUUAGAGAAACCGGCGUUGCUUACGCCAUUGGUGGCGCGUGUCCCCGGAACUCUUCUGGGGCGGGAUUUCUUGCGACAGAUAGGCAUUCCACAGUAUCCUCUGAACACCUUCAAGGGAUACGUCACUAAUGUUACUGCUUGCGAUAACGAUGCCGAUUUAGCCAGCCAAACAGCAUGCUUGAUAAAGGCUCUAAAUACAACCCUCCCUUGGGACCCCCAAGAAUUGGAUAUUUUAGGGUCCCAGAUGAUCAAGAACGGAACAACACGUACGUGUGUUACCUUUGGUUCGGUGUGCUAUAAAGAGAACAAUCGCAGUAGAGUCUGUCACAAUUUUGAUGGGAAUUUUAAUGGGACUGGUGGGGCAGAAGCAGAAUUGCGUGACUUCAUAGAAAAAUGGAAAAGUGAUGACCUUCUUAUAAGGCCCUAUGUCAACCAAUCAUGGACGAUGGUAAGUCCAAUAAACGUAGAGAGUUUUUCAAUAAGUCGUAGAUAUUGUGGAUUCACCAGUAACGAGACUCAUUACUAUAGAGGGGACCUUUCUAAUUGGUGUGGUUCAAAAAGGGGAAAAUGGUCAGCGGGGUACAGGAAUGGGACAAAAUGUUCCAGCAACACGACGGGUUGCGGUGGUAAUUGCACGACGGAAUGGAAUUAUUAUGCAUAUGGGUUUACCUUCGGGAAACAGCCAGAGGUGUUGUGGAACAAUGGGACUGCUAAGGCACUCCCACCAGGUAUUUUCUUGAUUUGUGGGGACAGGGCUUGGCAAGGCAUCCCGCGUAAUGCCUUGGGAGGGCCCUGUUAUCUAGGACAAUUGACUAUGCUCUCUCCUAACUUUACCACCUGGAUAACAUAUGGGCCGAACAUUACGGGUCACCGCCGUAGCAGGCGCUCGCUGAGUCGUCUCUCACCUGACUGCGGUGAUGAGCUACAGCUAUGGAGUGUGACAGCCCGGAUAUUUGCUUCUUUCUUUGCUCCUGGUAUAGCAGCAGCACAGGCCUUAAAGGAGAUCGAACGAUUGGCAUGUUGGUCGGUUAAGCAAGCGAAUUUAACAUCAUUAAUAUUGAAUGCGAUGCUGGAGGAUACGAGCAGCAUCCGGCACGCAGUGUUGCAGAAUCGAGCAGCCAUCGAUUUCUUACUCCUGGCGCAGGGACACGGGUGUCAAGACGUGGAAGGGAUGUGUUGCUUCAAUCUCAGCGAUCACAGUGAGUCCAUUCACAAGGCGCUCCAAGCCAUGAAGGAACAUACAGAGAAGAUACGGUUGGAAGAUGAUCCCAUAGGGGAUUGGUUUACGCGCACGUUUGGUGAUCUAGGAAGGUUGCUCGCGAAAGGUGUUAAGACGCUACUGUUUGCCUUGCUUGUCAUAGCCUGUCUAUUAGCUAUCAUUCCAUGUAUAAUCAAGUGCUUUCAGGAUUGUCUAUUGAGAACAAUGAAUCAGUUUAUGGAUGAACGCAUAAAAUAUCAUAGAAUUAGGGAGCAGCUGUAGGUUCCGAACGCGAUGUGACGGGAGCUAUCGGCAUAGGGAGGGGGAGAUGUUGUAUGCGUAGCGAGGGAAACGAGGUGUGUUGUAGGCGUAGCGAGGGAAACGAGGUGUGACGCGUGCAGGUUCCUAUGCCACCUGUGUGUUAUGCCACUUGUGUGUGCCAAGUGUAACUUCGUGAUUGGAGGAAACACUUGUAUUUAAACACGUAGCCUAUAGCAAUAAACGCCAUUUGCCUCACUUA